AUGUCUUACGUUUAUUUUUCUAGGCCUGGAAGAGCUUAUUCAAGCAGGUACAAAAUUUUGGCUGAAAAAGAAACCCUCCUUUCAGGCAAUUUAAAAUCCUACACUCACAGCGUCCCAUCUUUUAUGAUAAAAGAAGAAGAGCCAAAGCCGCUCGCCCCUACAGCUUUAGAAAAGCUGCUUAAAGAGGAGCUUGAAGAAUUAAAAAUGCAGGUAACUCAUUAUUGAGGAAUUAAAAAACAAAGAAAGCCUGCCAAAAAUAAAGAUUUCUCCAACAUCUUCUUUUAAAUCUCCUCCAAGAAAAAGCGAGUUUCUAAAGGUAAUAGACAAGCAGUAGAAUAAUACCAGUUCUGCACAAGAAUAUUAUGAUAUAAAUUACUCACAAGUUGAAAAAAGUGUGGCAGUGCCUUCUUUUAAAAGCACAAAUAAAAGAAAUUUAAUAGAAAAAGAAAGCGAUUUAUCAAAUUUUAGCUACAGAGAGCCUGAAUGAAAUCCUAAAGGGGUUAUUCCUUUUUCAAAACAAACGCAGAGAAAACCAUUUAUUAAUAGUGGAAGCCCAAGUGAUGAGAGAUUUGUUUCUGCUAAUUUAAGCCCAGAAAUUUGUAGUAAAUUUAAAAGAAAUAAAGUGCCAAAUUUAUCAAAGUAUAGCUCAAGAGAUAAUAUUUUAUAUAAAACUCAAGACUGUGUGCCUGAAUAUUUUCCGAAUAAAGAAAUUGUUAUGCCGAAAAUUGCAAGGUAAGUCAGGAUCAUGCGAUAUGAGUGGAUUUAGUCACUAGCCAUUGGCUUGUAUCAGCUCCAAAAAGUCAGUCUCAAGAGACCUCAGAGUUAAAUGAGGAAAAUGGAAGGCUACCCUUUUGGACUCCCAACCUGAAUAACCAGUCCAAGGGAUUGGCUCCCAGGGUCGAGCCAUCGUCAUAAAUUACCUUAUUUGUCCCGAUAAGGAAAGAUCAUACGGUAGGCAACCUGUCUACCCCAUCUAGUAGAGACUAGAAAACCUUGGGGAGAAGCAAAACACCCUCUUUUUACAGGCUUCCCUUUGAGAUGGCCUACUUAAGUCACGAAGAACAUGCUUUCGCCGCACGUCUCGUCGGUCCACCCCCAGCUCUAUCUGAAGGUGCCAAUUUCCUUUAACGUCAUCAUUUUAUUUCUUAAAAUUGCAAGGAAUGUAGAUUUUGAUAAAAUGCUCAAAAGAAAAGAGCCAGUUCAAAAAGAAAGACUGCCAAGUGCAUAUAACGUGAAUUUUUCAAUUGUAGAAAAAAAUGUGCCUAUAAUUAAUAUGAAAAAGCUAUUGCCAAGAGAAAAAAACUCAGAGUCCCAACUUCCAGCUUUUUUGCAAGGGUCUUUUAGCAGCCGACAGCUUGAAACUAUGUGCAAUUCAAAAAAACAAAUAAACCUCUAUGAGCUGUAUUUAAAGCGACGCAAAAAUCGUCAGACUAGCAACUUCAGCCCUACUGACUUUAGCCUUGAUUAUGAAACUUUUGAAUAUUAA